AUGUCAGCCGAUUCAUCCAGCGACGACAAUCACCCGUGCUACAGAACCGCGACGGCGGAGGAAUCCUGCGAGUCUUCGAUUUUCGCCGACAGCUUCCGCUCCCUAGACUUGCCGCCCGCACGCGUCCGCAGCGCGAGGGUGUACACCAAUUCCGUCGACGAAUUCGAGCCAUCUUCCUCAAUCAGCUGCCGUUUCUACGACGACUUCAGCUUCGUCGACAAUUCCGAUUGCGAGACGGGAUCCGAAACCCACCUCCUGAUCGACCGGAGCCGCCGGCAGCAGGUCCCGGCGGCGCUGAAUUUGAAGCCUCCGCCGGCUCGGAAUUCGUCCGGGGAGAUUAAGGGGGCGAGGUCGCUGACUCCGUCGCGGCGGAGGAGGUCGCACUUCCACGUCCACCGGCGGAGCCUCUGGAACGACGAUUUCGACCCUUUCGUCGCCGCCAUGAAAACUGUGAGGAAGGACGUCGGGGAGAAAUCCGGCGGCGUGAGAGCGGGGAGUCACAGACGGGCCUGGUCCGACUCGCUGCGACAUGAUCCGGAAGCGAUGAAGGCCGAGCGGAGUCUGAGGUGGAUGAAGAGCAUGCCGAGGGCGAGGGCCAGAAGCCCAAGCCCGGUGCCGAGCCCGUCGGCCCAAAUGAAGUCGCCGCAGCCCAAGGGGGUGAUGUACGCGAGACACACGAGGAUGGUGAAAAUGGACCGGGAAGAAGACGAGGGAGGGAGAGGGAUUAUGGAUGCGGCGUCGUGUGGGUGCGGGAGCAAGAGGGAGAUUAUGAAGCAUUUGGUGGUGUCGAUGAAGGGAAGGCCGCCGGCGGCGACGGAGGAAGAAGCUGAGGAGAAGAACGAAGAGGAUCAGCCACCGAAGCUUUCGAGGAGGAAGAGGUUGAUGAGGAAGUUGAGCUUCAAUCGGUCUCGAAACGGCGACGUGGAAGGGGAGAAGCGUGCGUCGGAGGGAAGGAAAAUGGUGCAGUCUAAGAGUGGUCUGCUUGGUUGCGUGGGUAUCAAGAAUAAGAUUUACGCAGGUUGCUGA